AUGGUUUUACUUCAACAUUUAGAGCAAGGGAUGCGUCCACUUUCUCAGCGUUACAAUGCAACGGCAUAUACAACAACAAUGGGAAGAAACCUCUUCACAAGUGGAGCCUCAAGCAACAACCUAUUCUCUAAAGGGUACUCAGCCAAUUAUGCAAAGCCAAAAUCGAAAACUGAGUCAAAGGAAGUGGCUGCAAAGAAACAUAGCGAGGCAGAGAGAAGAAGAAGGCUUCGGAUUAACUGCCAGUUUGAAGCUCUUCGCACAAUUCUUCCAAACUUAAUCAAACAGGACAAAGCAUCUGUGCUAGGAGAGACUGUAAGGUACUUCAAGGAACUAAAGAAGCUGGUUAAUGAGAUACCAACCACACCAUCUUUAGAAGACAGCUUGAGAUUGGGUCAAUGUAAGAACAAAGACUUUGCGAGAGUGGUGUUCAGCUGUAGCGACAGAGAAGGGCUAAUGAAGGAGGUAGCUGAGUCGAUGAAAGCAGCGAAUGCAAAGGCGGUGAGAGUUGAGAUGAUGACAGUAGGUGGAAGAACCAAGUGCGUCUUGUUUGUUCAAGGUGUGAAUGGAAAUGAAGGUUUGGUUAAGCUCAAGAGGUCACUGAAACCUGUAAUGAAUCGUAAAGCAGAGGCGAAAAGCAACAACAGUGGAGGAAUAUAG